UUCUGGUCCCGGUCUCCCGGGGCAGCGGCAGCGGCAGCAAUCCCGGCCCCGGCCCGACCCAUGGAGCGAUACACGGUGCUGGAGCAGCUGGAGUCCGGGGCCCUGGGCACAAUGCUGGUGGUAGAGUUAAAAACGGAGAAAGAAGGAGCUGGGAGGAAAUAUGUGCUGAAGCAGGUUGAAUGCAUUGAUGAACAACAAGCAAAUGAUGCCCUGAAGGAGGCAAUGGGUCUGCUGAAACUUCAGCAUUCAAACAUCUGCAUUUACAAAGAAUUGUUUAUCACCUGGGAUAAUAAGAUUUCAUCUCUAUUUCUUUGUCUGGUGAUGCAGCACUCAAGCCAAGGAGACCUUUCAUCUCUGAUCAAGGCAAAAAGGAAGAAGCGAGAGAAAGUAGAAGAUAUGGUGCUUCAGAAGUUCCUGGGGCAGAUGGUGGAUGCUUUGUUUUAUAUACACAAGCAAAAUGUUUUUCACAGAAACCUCAAACCGUCUAACAUCCUUUUAACUGAUGAAGUAUCCUUCAUGCUUUGCGAUUUCAGUGUAGAAACUCUUAUGACGGAUGAAAUGAAAUGGAAGAUAAGAGUGGAAGAAGAUCCUGACUCUAAAUCCUGGAUGUCCCCUGAAGCACUCUGCUUUUCCUUUAGUGAGAAGUCUGACAUCUGGUCCUUAGGAUGUAUUCUACUAGACAUGAUGACCUGCUUCUUUCUGAAUGUGAAAGAGACAAAUUCAUUACUGCAGGAUAUUAGAAAGGACACCAGUAGUCUUGAGAGAGUUCUGACGUUAAUGCAGAAAGGGAAUAAAGAUACUCUGCCUUUGUCUCAAAUUUUACUUAUGAUGCUACUGAUUCAGCCCAGUACGAGACCCUCAGCAAAGGAUCUGGUUGAUAUUCCAUAUGUUAUGGAAUGUUUGACUCUUGCUGGUUCCUCUUUAUCAAAACAGGAAAAAACCUUGCCUUCAGCAAUUUUAGAUGUGCUCCUUGAAGGAGGAAUUGGAAGUGUUUUAGAAUUUAUGCAGACUUACUGGGACAUAGAGCAGGCUCAAGCAAGAGCCAUAAAGCGCCUUGCCAGCUUACUGGGAGAAGAAAAUGCCUUAAUGUAUUUGCUAGAACUUCUGGAUCCUGUCACUUGUGCAAUGAGGACUCAUAUAGAUUCUCUAGAGCUACAAUUAGAUGGCUGCAGAUUACUGCUUGACGUUAUUGGCCAAGCCCUACAACAGAAUGUGCAUGUGGAGAUGCUAGUUGGUGAGGAAGGAAUCAAUUCUCUGUUAAAGACAAUGAGAACAUAUUCUGAAAAUGAAGAACUGCUGUCAAUGAUCUGCACUUUACUAAUGAUGAUUUCAGCCAGUGAAAUGGCUGCAGAAGCACUGAGGAAAGCUGGAGUCAUCACAGAUGUUCUGUCGAUUAUAAGCAAUUUUCCUCAGAACAGACAGAUCUGCCUUUCUUGCUCUGGUAUUCUUUGGAGCUUGGCUGUGAAUGAAAGUCACAUGGGGCAAGCAUCACUAAAAAAUGCUGUCCGGAUUAUCACAGGAGUCCUCCAAGACCACCGUGAGAAUGGAGAGGUGGUUGAGUUGGCUUGCUCUGCCCUCUGGGUUCUGACACUUCAGGGCUGCUUAAUUGAAAACCAGUAUGAACCAACAACUCUGCUUUUGUUGGAUGCUCUCAGGAUGAAUCCAGAAAGGCCAGUGCUGGUGAAGAAUACCUGCUUGGCAUUGGCAAGCCUCCUAAGGAUAUCUGAGUUACCUGCUUUUAGACUUAUAGUAACAGAUACAAAGGGCAGUGGAAUAAGCCUGAUCAAAGAUUCCUACCACUUUCACUGUGAUGAUCCGGAAGUGGUGGAGAACAUCUGUAUACUGAUUAAUGAGAUGAUUCAGUACGAUGACAUAGUGCUAGAGAUGAUCUCCCAGAAUAUCAAGGAGCUGCUGACUGAAAUGAAAGUCAAGUUUACAUCCAGUCUGGUAGGCGGAAGUCACUGUGGUAACAAAGAGCACACUCAGUCUAUUCGUACAAAUGGUUUUAUUUCUUGGCUGUGGAUUACACAAACAUCAGUCCUCUGGAGUUGUUUGUGGCACCCAUCUUACCCAGAGGAAGACAUAGUGCAGGAACUUGUGGGGGUAGGGGCUUAGUGUGAAUUCAGUGUGCAGGGUACUCUGGAGGCAUGGAGACUCAGAAUAUUUCUAAGUGUACUAAAAACGGAAGCAGGUGGAGCAUAGUUUAUCAAACUUCAUGCUGAAGAUGCUCUUAAAUCAAUUAAAUGUAAGUUUGACACUAUUCCUGCUUCAUCCAGUAUUAGCCUGCAUGUAUUUUUUUAUUACAUUUUUUGUACCAGAAAUACAGGUUAAAGUAUAUAGGAACAAGACAACUAUAUUACAAAGCAGAGAGGGAUUUACUGAUCUAUUAAAUAACCCUAAAAAGCCCAAGCCACUUAAUUGGGUGAGCUUGCUGUCCUGGGGAAUUACUUUACGUUAAAUUAAUCAAACAGCAAAAUAAUUCCCGCCUUUGUUUUUCUAACACUAGAGCGACCUACACUCUUAAACCACCAAGUUAUUAACAGAAUAGUUCGCCAUCAAGCAUGUAGCAGUUAUUUAAAAAAACAACCAACUAAAACUGAUAGAGCCUCCACCUUUACUCUUGUGUUAGUCAUUAAUUUAAUUUGCUCACAGUUCUCUUCCUCCAGAAUGUUUGCCACAUAGGCCAUAGUACAAAGUCACUACUUUCCACAGUGUUUUCUCUAGCUAGCAUUACCAUUCCCACUGAAAAAGCCAAAACACAUUCCACAUGUGAAAUACACUGAAAAAAUUACAAUUAUUUUAUUACAAAACCUAAGAGUUCCUUCCCUCUCCCAUUUUUCUCUUCCUGUAAUCAAGGCUUUUUACAAGCUAGAUAUUGCUCAGUGUACUUAAACAUUAUGUAACAUUACAACUAUUGCUAAAUAUUUAGAGCAGAUUCCUGAUGACCUUUUAGCAUUUUUUUUAAAUUUUUAGACAUUAUGUAAAUUUUAUAGUUUUAGGAGCCAAUCCUGUAGUACAAAGGAAUUAUGGGUGAGAGUAAAGUGUCCGAAUUAGGCCACCCGUUUGCUAAAAAUAUUGAAAUAAGUUAUUGAGCCCCAAAAAUGCAAAUGAGAUAUACCGUCUGAACUCCUAUAAAAGGACAUAUAUUAAAUACAGAAUAGAUUUUUGUACCGUAGUUCUUAAUUGUAUCUUUACACUGUAAAGUAAAAACAAGGAUAAACUUGUAUUUAACAAUUUUCACUUUCUCCCCAGGAGAUAAUUACCCUUGUGGAUUCAGCACUUUUGAAACUGCAGAAGUAAGGUAAAAGCUGUUUUAUAUAUACAAGGCUUGAAGUCUUCUGAUUCAGGUAGAAAUGCUUGAUUCCUUCAGAAGUAUUUUAAAAAGAUUUUUCUCCCCAGAAGGAGAUACUGCCUGUAUUAUAUAGACAUCAUCUACUUCAGCAUAUUCCAUUGUAUUCUUUACAACGAACCACUUUGACUACUGACU